AGUUAUUAUUACUAAUAAAAUUAAACUAUAAUUGUUUGAAUAGUCAGUGAAAGAAAAGAUAGAAAAUAAAACAAUUAUUAUAUAAUCGACAACAACAAAAAUGACAUCAAAUACUGAUUUCUACGAUGAAGUGAGAAAUUCGCGAAACUUUUCGGGAAAAGUAGUAUUGGUUACGGGAUCGGGUAGUGGUAUCGGUUCAGCAAUUGUUAAACUAUAUUCAGCACUGGGAGCUAAUGUAGUCGUCACCAGUAGAUCGGCAGAUGCUGUACACAAAGUGGCUGUCGAUUGUCAACAAUUGUCGCCUAAAAAACUUAAGCCAUUGGAGGUGAUCGCAGAUCUAACCAAAUCGGAUGAAUUGAAACAAUUGUUGAAUAAAACUAUCGAAACAUUUCAAAGAUUAGAUAUAUUGGUCAACAAUGCCAGUGGACUACCCGUAACACUCGUAACUGAUCCGAAAUUUAUGGAUAACUUGAAGUCAACCGAAACACUUGAUAUCAAUGCCACACUAUUGUUAACACAACUGGCCAUACCUUAUCUGGAGAAAACCAAUGGCAAUAUUAUUAUGAUUACAGCAAAUCUAACUGAAAGACCAUUUAGAGGAUAUCUUAGUUAUAUAAUUGGUAAAAGUGCAUUGGAGCAAUCAACCAAGGUACUAUCUAUUGAAUUGGGCAAUAAAGGCAUACGUGUUAACUCAGUCAGUCCCGGUGGUAUUGAUUCUCAUCCGGGAACUUAUGAUCAAACAUUUCUAGACAUAUUAGCUAAGACAGCAAAACGGACGCCAUUGGCCAGAGUAGGCCAACCCCACGAUAUUGCCGCAGCUGUUGUAUUCAUGAGCUCAUCGGACGCCCGAUUCAUAACCGGUCACAGUUUGGUAGUCGACGGCGGACUUCAAUAUAAUUUGGAUUCAGAUUUUUUGGAAGAUUAUGAAUUAGAAUAG